CAUAUAACAUUUUUGGUUUCAAAUACCAUAACAUAAUGUUGAAAAUUGUAUUAUUGUUGUCGGCGGUGGCCUUUUGUUACGGCGUUGACCGAACUAUUGACGACUACUGUCGUAAAGACGGCUACAUUCCCGGCACAGAUCCGCACGACUUUUACAAAUGUGAAUACGUUCCCGACCAGUGCUGGAACAGACAUCUGGAGCACUGUCCCGAUGGCGGCACUUGGGAUCAGGAGACCAAACAUUGUAAAGCUAAACCCACUACACAGGCACCCACAACCAAACCCACACCAGUACCCACAACACCGACACCCGUGCCCACAACACCCACACCUAAACCGACAACACAGCCCAUUCCCAGCACAACUCAGGAUGACGUGGACUUUUACUGUUCCCGAGACGGAUAUAUGCCCUAUCAUUUAGAUAUCCAUAAGUUCUAUCAGUGCGAGAAUAUCGGACCCCAUAAGUGGAGACUCACUCUACAGCCCUGUCCGGGGACUGAGGUCUGGCAUCAAGAGCUCAAGCGAUGUGAGAACGAUGUGUAA